CAUUCCUUCUUCUUCCAUUCUCAUUGCAAUAGAAAAAGUCUACUGAAGGUGACGAGAAAGAAAAAAAAAAUCAUAGAGAUGGAUAUAAGCAAGUUGUGCAUUUUCAUGAUUUUCUUUGUUCUGUUCAUCUCCAUGGAUCCCACCUUUGUUCAGGCUGACGGGAAUGACGAUGGGAACAGCAACAACAAUAAUGGGAAUAAUGACAACAACAACAAGAAUAAUGGGAACAAUGACGACGACGACAACGGCAACAACAACAGCAGUAACAAUGGCAAUGGGAACAACAACAACCAAGAGGAUGAUCCUGCCACAACAGAUUACGACGAGUUGGCACCAGCAAAAACGGGACAGCAACGAGCUAUGUGCAAAGCGAAGGGGGCAUGCAAGUCCAAAACCCUUAUGUGUCCAUCUCAGUGCCCGGAGAGGAAGCCCAAGAAUAACAAGAAGAUGAAGAAGGGAUGCUUUGUUGACUGCAGUAGCAAGUGUGAAGUCACUUGCAAGUAUAGAAAACCCAACUGCAAUGGAUAUGGCUCUCUCUGCUAUGAUCCUCGGUUUGUUGGUGGGGAUGGUGUGAUGUUCUACUUCCAUGGAGCAAAGGGAGGAAACUUUGCCAUUGUUUCAGAUGAUGACCUCCAAAUCAAUGCUUAUUUCAUUGGAACCCGACCACGAGGAAGGACUCGUGACUUUACAUGGGUGCAAGCCCUGGCUGUCAUGUUUGACACUCACACCCUUGUUAUUGCUGCAAAGAGAGUCACACACUGGGACGAUAAUGUUGAUGCUCUUUCUGUGAGGUGGGAUGGCGAGGCUGUCAACAUUGCUAACAAUGGAGAGGGAGAAUGGAGGACUAAUGGUGAAGAAAGAGAAGUGGUAGUUGAGAGAACAGAUGAUGCUAACAGUGUAAGAGUUACAGUUGCUCAUCUGGUUGAAAUAGACAUUAGGGUGACACCAAUUGGACAGAAAGAAAAUAAGGUUCAUAACUACCAGAUACCAGCAGAUGAUGCUUUUGCUCACUUGGAGACACAGUUCAGGUUUGCCAAGCUGACAGAUUUUGUGGAGGGAGUGUUGGGAAAGACAUACAGGCCAGACUAUGUUAGCCCUGUGAAGAUUGGGGUUCCCAUGCCAAUGAUGGGCGGGGAGGACAAGUACCAGACUCCAUCCCUCUAUUCACCUAUUUGCAAAGCUUGCAGGUUUCAGAGGCAACCUGCAAUUGGUUCUAUGAAGGAAGUUGCUCAGUACUGAUGACAAUCAAGUUAAAUAGACAAAUUGGUCUUUGAAAACAAAUCUGUAGUUGUCUGCAGGAGACGUUUAUCUUGUUAAUUUGGGUCUUCGGCUUUGUGUUUGACUGAAUACAGAAAUAAGGGCUCAACGCUUGCCCAUGGCACUUUCAUCUUCAUAAAUCUGUGAUCAUUUCAUCUUUCAAUAAAUUCUUUUCAAGUUCUUGGUGAUUGAA